UUAUACCGAUAGGUCGAAAGAAGACCAAAAAAAUGCUGCCUGUCGUAUUGGUGUUACUUGCUGCCACUAGCGCACUAGCUGCCCCCGGUGCCUACUUAAACAUCAUAUCGAUCGAUGAAGCGAUUCCACCAAAGGAUAGCGGCAGAGGGGUCUCCGCUUUCAGAAUUGACCAAGCCACUGAAAUCAGCAAUGAAGGAGAAGCCAGCGCAUACCUGCUGACCUUCGCACAGACCACCAAGGACCUCGGCAAUGAUGGUGACAGAGUCAGCCAGGCUUUAGCCGCCGCCCAAACCAUUGGUUACCUCGGCUCAGUCUCCUCAGGUGUUCCUGGUGACGCUUGUGCUGCAGCUGACUUGAUCAACACCGUCGUGUCUGCUUCCCGCUCCGGCAACAACCAAGCUGUCCGCUCAGCCACCGCCAAGUUCGUCAGCUACCUGAGCUCCCUCAUCGACAACAUCGUUGAGCUGUCUGUCAACCCUGAAUCCGUGCGCUUCGCAGUUGGACCUCGUGGUAACUGCGCUGCUGGCGGCAGAAACUACCAAUUCGAAGCAGCCUGGGACUCCAUCCUUGCCUCCGCCCCAGCUUCAUCUACCCACUUGGUGAACGAACAAUACUGCGCAGCUAAGCGUUUGUUCAAGGGCUUCAGUGUGGUCAGCAACAACGCUGGUGCUCUCCUCACUGCAGUAUCCCUGCCAUCAGUCAACCAAGCCUUCCAGAACGUGCUUCCACAGGCAGCUAACUUCUUGGCAGCUCUUCCCUCAGGCAACGCUGGAUCAGCUGCUGCAGCUCUCAAGCAAGCUCUUUACAACUCCGUUUAAUUUAACAAUUUUCAUAAACUAUAGACAUCCUACACUAGUCUACUUUUAACUUCUUCUUAAUCAAGCCAAUAUGAAUUAAAUUCUGUUGUCUCGAUAUUAAAGUUUAAAAUAUACUAUCUCGUUUUUAUACAGACUUUGGCAUAUCAAACAUUGGUAUAUAUCGGUAUUUUAUACACAAAAUCAUAGCCUAACAAUGGAUAUAUUAUGUAUAUAUAUAGAUUUUCUUCUAUGAAGAUCAAACUAGCACCCUUUUAUAUAAUGACUGGAGAUUCAUAAUUUAUAUGUAUGUAAAUACAAUUUAUAUGUAAACAAAAAGACUCGGCUUUUAUUUUACGGACUUAGUUUUGUUUCAAUAAAGAUGUAUCCAAUUAAUUCAAUUUAUAAA